AUGGGGAAUUGUUACGAUUCAAGGAAGAAUACAGUAGUUUUAGCAUUUGACUAAGCUGAAUAUACACAGUUGAAUUCAUAAUUUCAAUAUUACUGUGAAUUAAGUAGUGAAACUCGGGAUAUCAAAUAACUUAAUUAACGAUCAUUCGAAGAUAUAUUUUCAGAAAAUUCUGCAUUUGGGAUUAAGUUAUUUAAGUUCCUUGAAUUGUAUUCUGGAAGCGAUGGAUUUGUGAAGAAAGAGCCAUUGUUUGAAUUUUGUAAUAUUAAUAUUACUUACAUCAUAGUGGAGUUAUUAGUGAAGGAUGUUUAAACUUCAGUUCCAGCUUUCAAGAAUCUAGAAAGGUUUGAAUUGAUGUCAUUGAUUACAUUGCAGAAUUAUAGAUAUGUAAAAUCAAAAGAAGAGUUGGCCUAAUUGCAAUUAACUUAUCUUGACACUCUAAGUGUUAUCAAAGAUAUUAUCAAAAUGUAUCAACACACCCAAAAGAAUGCACCCACCAAUGAGAAAUACAUAAAAUCAUUAGUAGAUUAACUAUACAAUUUAGAAAAUGAAUCAGGCUCAUUGUCUUGGGUAUAGUUGAUGGAUUUCAUUUCAAAAUAGAUGCCGGGAGCUAAAUAACUUAUAAAAAAGUACUUUUAAGCUAAAUUUAUGGGAAAACAAUUUAAUAGUAUCAUCCCAAUUGUCAAUACUCCAUCAUAUUUUGUGACUGAUGAGUUAUUUUUCCAAUUAUUAUUGAGUUCAUAAUCUGUGCUUACUGAUUGCAAUUAGUUAACUUUGUUGUAUUCAAGUGUAGCUCAUUAAGGUGGCUUUAAUUAAAUGGUUUAAUCCCUUAAAGAGUGUAAAUUACCUACAAUAAUGUUUUUUCAACAUGAAGAAAAUUAUGAAAAAAAGACAAAAUAAUAGAUAUUUGGUGCUCUUACAAAUCUAAGAUGGUAUGACACCAAAUAGUACUUUGGAACCAAGAAGGAUUGCAUUUUUAGUCUCUAUCCUUAUUUUAAGAUUUAUAGAUCGAAAAGAAGAGGAGAAUAAAAUUAUUGUUUUCUUGAUUCCAAUAAGGGACUUGGUUUUGGUGGUAAAAAUGGAGAGGGAUUCAGAAUUUGGAUUGAUAAAAAUUUACAAAACUCAUAUUGUACUCAGAAUGAUGAAUCUUAUGAAAAUGGCCCUUUGGUUCUUUCUUAUGUUAAGAAACUAUAAAUCAAUGUCAUUGAGAUAUGGGCAAUUCAACAUCCUGCAGAUGAAAAUGAUGAGAAUUUUGAUUUAAAAAUAGAUUUGAAAGAUCCACUCUUGUAAAAAUCAGAUAAGGUCUAGUUUGCAAAUUCUAAUGCUGAUUUCUACUGGGUUUAAUAAUAGAAAACAGAACAGAGAAAUUCAGGAUUUUAUUGGGAAAAUAAUAAUGUGAGUUGA